AUGCCACAACAAUUAUCAAUGGCACAAGGAACACCACGUAAAUUUGCGGAAAAAAUUGCAAUAAUGGAAAGGAAGCAAAAUGAAGAUCAAGAAGUGUUUACCUCAGUUAUGCGUGACGUACGUGCAAUUACGAGUAAUUGUACCGCUUCACCACCUGUUUGCUCUAGUCCACAAGCACUUGCACCACCAAUAAAUUGGAAUCGUUCCGGUGGUUCAUUACCAAAUGUACAUGAAAUGGUACAACAGCAACCGGACAUUCAUCAUUGGUCAUAUUUGCAUGACUCAUCACAAUUGAAUCAAUCAAAUCAUUUACGUGGUCGUUCACCAAUUACAACAACAACAACAACAACACACUAUCAUCCGUAUAAAUUAUUCAAACAACAUGAACGUUAUUUACCAAUUGAUCAACUGGAUUAUCAACAUUUGCAUUGUUCAGCAAGUAAUCAUUUACAACCACCAGAUAUGUUAUGGCCAAAAGCUCGUAGUGAUCCGACAAUUUUCAUGAAUUUAUAUCAACAACAAGAACGAUUAGAAAAUUUUAACAUACAAGAUUUGACGUUAUUAUCAUCCAAUCAAUCAUUAUCACCAUUAUCAUUUCAUCCUACAACCGACUCAUUUAAUGGUACAUUACAACAAAAAAUUAUCAAUGAUAGUAAGGAAAUUACAAUUGGUUCAUCAUUACCUGAUAUACCAACACCAAUUGCAACAAUACAAUCAUGUCCAUAUCAUUAUCAUUAUCAUCAUUAUCAUCAUCUUCAUCAUCUUCAUCAUCAUCAUCAUCAAACAAUAACACAACGACAUAAUACAAGUUUAUGUCAAACUUUAGCUACACCACCAUCAUCAUCCGAAUCACAAUCAGCGCCAACAAGUCCAGCGCAAAGUGUUGAAUUACCAGUACCAACAGCAUGGCCACAGCGUAAUUAUUCAAAUAGUCCUGAAUCACGUGAAAUACCAAAUAUUGUUCUCACGGGUACCGAUGGUGAAUUGGAUUGCUUUGAGGAUUUGCAAGAUCUACAUUUAGAUGCUAAUGAACUACAACAAUUGCUAAGUAGCAAUGAACAGGUUGAUCCAACAGGUGAAACACAACUUCUUCAAUAA